GCGUCCCCAACUUCUUCGGCCCAUCAAUCUUGGAGAUCUUCCUUAUGUAGGUAUGAUUCCAAUUUAAUCUUAAUAAUUAAAAUGUUGUAUGUUUUUUUAAUUUUUUUAAGCAUGGUGAAAUGAUGUUUGUCAACAAUAAAUAUAGGUGGGUCGGACCCCAUUCAUUUUCAGAGGGUGGAAGACACGCGUUGCCCGUUUUACGAGACCUCUUAGACCGCAUGAGGGAGAGUCAAUUUGUAUGGACCCCCUAUCCCUUGGGCAAUCUUCCUGAAGACACAGAAAUCAAUCCAGGCUUUGGUUUGCUGAGGUUAUGCUAAUUUUUUUGCGAUUAUGCAGAGAGGCAUUACCCCGACCGGUUUUGUCGGCAGUUCUUUGCCAUUCAGAGAGAGCCAAAACCCACUUUCCAACGUACAGACCAUCACAUCAUUAGCUCCUGCGCUAGUGCAGCUUCGUUAGCAUUGUGGGCGGAACGAGAUAGGCAUUUAUACGAACCUACAUGGCCCCCUUUUGACGGGCGGAAUGUGGCUGAUGGGUAUCGUACGUGGUACGCACGGACCGGUUGGAAACGUGUCGUGAACCCUUCGCAUGCUACACCCACGACGGGCUACACCCCUGCAAUACUUGGAGUGCAUUCAUGAUACCUAUCAGCUUGCUGAUAAUUUGGCCGAUCACGAGGAUAUUAAACAUCGGCUAGCACAGUGUGUUAUAGCAUUAGAUGUAGAAGAUGUGCUCCACCAAGGCAUCUUCCAUUACCCAGAUGCAGACAAUGAGCCCGGUCCCAUACCUCCUCCUAGGCAAGAUCGCCGCGGUUACGUUGCAACGCAUAGAGUGGCAGCUGCUGACAGAGAUGAUGCGGGAGAUGAAGAUGAAUAUGAAGAAGAUGAGGACGAGAGUGAUAGGGAUGAAGAAUAUGAGCCACCGCCAUAUUCUACUCCUAAAGAGUACUAUACGUCGACUGAAGCAUAACGUGUUCCGAAUAACGUGUUUUGAAAAGUCGUGCAUUAGUAUCACUUAUACGGUAGGUAUGUAUCGUAUAAUGUAUUAGUGUGUAUCUUUUAAUUUGAACUAUUAUAAUUAAUCAAUUUAUGUAUUAGUGUGUGUUUGUAUACUAAGGAUGUUUUCUUUUGGACUGAAAUUUGCUGGUCUGGUCUGAACUGGUCUGGUCUAGUCUGGUAAACGUCUGGUCUCUGUGUAUUUUAUAACUAUCCAAGUCUGGUCUGGUCUGGUCUGUUUAAGUUUGGUCUGGUCUGGUCUGUUUAAGUCUGGUCUGGUCUGUUCUGGGACUGAAAACAGUCCAAAAGAAAACAUCCUAAUAAGAAAUUUUAAACGGGUCUUCAGUCC